GUGGAAUGACGUGCACGGCCAGUGCUUAGUCAGCAGCACUGAGGAAACGCGUCCGAGUGCGCGUCCUCCUCCUUCGACCGUCCUCCGUCCUCGCUACGAACGUCCACGACCUAUCCUCCGCUCUCAGCUGCCCAAAACAUGUCAGACAGCGAUCCCCGUCCAGCCAAAGUCUGGAGUCGUCCCUCGGGCCAGAUAGGCCGCAUCGGUGGCUGGGGCACGUCCUCGUCUUCAUCCGCAGGCAGAGGCGCCCCCGCACCCCGCAUCGCAACGCUGGGCAACAGCGGGCCCGCCGUGCCCGCCGCCCCCGCCGCCGCCCCAGCUGCUGGCCCCAGACGCGCGCCGUCCAGUGGCGAUGACGACGAUGACGACGAGAACGCAGAGGGCGAGAGCUGGUUCGCAGGCGGCGAGCGGAGUGGCAUAGCGGUGCAGAACCCAGACAGACCCGGGGCCGUCCCUGGCGGGAGCUUGGUGCGCGAUCUCUUGCGCCGUGCAGCACAGGCGGGCCCGCCCCAGGAGUCGGAAGGGUCGUCGCCCUCGUCUGUGUUCGCGGGAGGCGGCCAUAGACUCGGGAGCGACGAGGUCGAGAGCGCGUACAUCCCCGACCCGAACGCGCCUGCUCGCCCUGAAGAAGUGACUGCGAUACGACACCUCACCUUCUGGCGCGAGGGGUUCAGCAUCGAGGACGGCGACCUCAUGCGCUACGACAACCCUACCAACUCCCAAAUCCUCAACGAGAUCAACUCCGGCCGCGCGCCACCGCACAUCCUGAAUGUCGCCCCCGGGCAGCCCGUCGAGCUGCGCGUCGUCAAGCGGCUCGGCGACGACUACGUCGCGGCGCCCAAAGCGCGGGGCGCCUUCUCCGGCGAGGGCAACCGCCUCGGCUCCCCCGUACCGUCCAUCGCCGAGCUCGGCGGGCCCCCCUCCUCCAUCAACAUGCCCGGCAGUUUCCCCGUCACCGCGAGCGGGGGCGCAAGCACCGGUGCGAGUGCAAGCGGAAGUGGAAGUGCAAGUGGGGCCGGGGCGGCGCGCUCGGCGGAGAGCAUCCAGACGCGCUUCGAGGUCGACCAGAGCCUGCCGACGACGAGCGUGCAGAUCCGCCUCGCGGACGGGACGCGCAUGGUCUGCCGGAUGAACCUCACGCACACCGUCGGCGACAUCCGCAGCUUCAUCAAUGCGUCGCGCCCGGAGAACCUCACGCGCCCGUAUACGAUCCAGACGACGUUCCCCGCGAAGGUGCUCGACGAGGACACGAAGACGAUCGAGCAGGCGGGGCUCGUCAACGCCGUCGUCGUCCAGCGCUGGGUGUAGGUUGGGGUGGCCGUCAGGUCUGUGGCCUGGGUUUGCUCUUGGAAGUCUGUUACGUGUGCAAGUGUAUCAUAGAAUCGUUGUCUGACACGAAAGCUCGCUGUGCUUUGAGUUGCAAUUGCAUAUACGGAUGUGGUAGUUUUGUGUGCGUGGUGUUGGGGUCGCCUGUGCAGGAUGGAAGAAAC